AUGUCUACGAUGGCUGCUAAUGGAUCAAGUUCAAGUCGGUCCAAAAAGUCUUCAGGCGCAAAACACUCAACAAAUUCCAAGUCAACAUCGUCGAAAACGGCCCCGAAACCAGCACAUGUCUCCAUUUUACACGCCACAGAAGAUUCCGCGAAAUCAGCCAAUUCUUCCAGACAUUACACCCCUUCCGAACGGCUCCUAUACUACUUGGGUGAUACGGAGCACUCCAACAUGGGCUAUAGCUCCGCCUACACCAACGCGCUCACAUACGCAUAUGGCUUUCCCGAUGAGCGGGAAGCAAGGAGAGACGUGGAGGGGGCGAUGAUGACGGAAUCGACGGCGCGGGCACUUGCACGGAUUGACGAGCAUGACAGACGUAUGGAGUAUGACUGA